CUUAAACAGUUAAACCCAUCUGAGGUUUAUCUGCAUAUAGAAUUUUAUGCGAAACAUGAACAUAUUUGUGGACGCGUUGAUUCUUUGUUCAGAACUGUGGGAUUCUCAAAUGCGCAGAUUAAGUAUAAUUUAAUGCAGUCCUUUCAAACUUUUUCCAACCCCACUUUUGCAGAUCUAUUCACAUAUCAUCAAUCUUAGUUGUCUCUAUUUUCUACAAUGUUUUCUGUGCUGAUCAUUUUUUAUAUGUUAUUUCUAAAUCCUUGACUAGUUCAGUAUGCUCUAUUCUUAAUUCCUUUUUGUUUAUUUCUUCUGUUGAUUUGUCAUGUUUCCUUCACUAUUUUGAUUCCUUUUGCCAAUAUAUAUUAUGAGCUUCAGCAUGUUAUCGAAACAGCAAAAGACAUCAUUAUGAACAUUUAUGGAGCAUCAUCUCUUGAUUAUCGUGUGAAUGUUUCUUUCUUUUGCCAAUAAUGUAUUAUUCUUUGCUCAUUCCAUUGGUAUAUCUUCCAUUGAGAUUCCCUUGAGCUAUUCCCCAUGACAUUUUUUGAGUCAGUAUUAUUAAGCUGCAGCUUCUGUUGGCGGUUGCAUUUCUUUCAUCUUCAUAUUUUUCAGCCUUGCUUGUACAAAAAUUACUGGCAUCCGUGUCUCCUUCACGGCUCCCUUUCAAGUUCAUUUGAGAUAACGUAAAAUGCCAAGGAGUGGAACUAGUGCUCAAACUACCAAGUCUGCUGAACCUGAGCCUCAACGGAAGGUGGUUGCUGAACCUGAAGACCUGGAAGAUGAUGUUGAAUAUGAGGAGGUUGAAGAGGAGGUUGAGGAAGAGGUAGAGAUAGAGGAAGAGGUAGAGAUAGGAGAGGAUGAGGAAGUGGAAGAGGAAGAGGAGGGUGAAGGUGAGGAGGUAGCGGGUGCCAAGACUGAUGACGCCCCUGCAAUCACUACUUAUGGUGAUGAUAUGAAGGAUGAUAAUGAUGACAUUCAUGAUGAGCUACUUGCUCUUCCUCCGCAUGGUUCUGAGGUUUAUAUUGGUGGCUUAUCUAGUGAUGUUUCUGAUGAAGAUCUAAGGAGCUUUUGUGAAAAAGUUGGUGAAGUUGUGGAGGUUAGGAUUAUAUCUGGGAAGGACAAGGUUUAUGCGUUCGUUACAUUCAGGACCAAGGAAUUGGCUAAAAAUGCAAUUGAGUCUCUGAAUAAUACUGAGUUGAAGGGUAAAAAGAUCAAGUUCUCGACAUCUCAAGCAAAGAAUAAGCUCUUUAUUGGCAAUGUACCCAGGAACUGGACUGAGGAUGAUUUGAAGAAUGUUGUAUCAAAAAUCGGUCCAGGUUUAAUUGGUGUGCAACUAAUAAAGGAUCCACAAAAUUCUUCUCGCAAUCGGGGUUUUGCAUUUAUUGAAUACUACAAUCAUGUAUGUGCAGAGUACUCUCGAAAGAAAAUGUCAAUCCCAGAAUUUAAGCUAGAUUCCAAUGCCCUUACGGUGAACUGGGCAGAACCAAAAAGUGGGGACUCUUCUUCAGCUUCGCAGAUUAAGGCAAUAUAUGUAAAAAAUUUGCCCAAUACUGUAACUGAAGAUAAGCUGAAAAAGCUAUUUGAACGCCAUGGAAAAAUUACGAAAGUUGCUCUGCCUAUUGUAAAAUCUGGACAGGAGAAUAGGAUUGGUUUCGUGCAUUUUGCAGAGAGAUCAAUUGCCAUGAAAGCACUUCAGAACACUGAGAUAUAUGAACUUGAUGGGCGUGUUCUUGAGUGUUCCAUUGCAAAACCUCCGGCUGAUAAAAAAGUGCCAUCUGUGACUGUGACUGAUUUAAGAAAAGGCUCUUUGCAACCAGGUUUACUUGGAGGUGCCUAUGGUGCUCAGCCUGCUACUUUUGCUCGGCCUGUGGCUUACGGAAGAGGCACCGCUCCUGGUGUAACAAUGGUGCCUAUGAUACUGCCAGAUGGACGUUUUGGCUAUGUUCUGGAACAACCUGGUGUUCCUGUAGCAGCAAUCCAUAACAAUGCUGGCCGAGAUGGGAAGCAUUUUGGCAAUCAUCAAUACGGUAAUGAUUUUGGCAGAGGCCGUCGAUACCAUCCAUAUUGAUUUUCCUUUUUAUUCUAUUCUAAAACCUCACGAUCUGUUUCUAUAGUUUCUGUUUUUUUAUGAUUUCUGUAAGCAAUAGUAGUUUUAACUUCUUAUGGAUGAUUUUGACUAUGGUACUGUUAGAAGUAAGCGGACCUUUUUCAAUAAUGAAUCCAACGAAAUAGCUUAUUGAUAAA